AUGGGAAGCAGUGAAAGUGUGCCGAUACCUGGCGGUGGAACAGAAGGAUAUCAUGUUUUGAGAGUUCAAGAAAAUUCUCCAGGAGCGGUGGCUGGUCUGGAACCAUUCUUUGAUUUUAUUGUGUCUAUUGGAAAUAUCAGGCUGGAUAAAGACAAUGAUACUAUGAAGGAAGUUCUGAAACAGCAUAUUGAUCGACCAUUGGAGAUUACAGUCUACAACAGUAAAUCCCAAUCAGUGCGCCAAACAAGCAUCAUCCCAUCUCAAAACUGGGGUGGUCAGGGUCUUCUUGGAGUUUCUAUCCGUUUCUGCUCUUUCGAUGGGGCUAGUCAACAUGUUUGGCAUAUAAUUUCUGUGCAGCCAAACUCUCCAGCUUCUCUUGCUGGUUUGAUCGCUGACACUGACUACAUCCUGGGCGCAGAGAGUGUUCUUCAUCAAGCUGACGAUUUAAUCGCUCUUGUCCAAGCGAAUGAAGGCAAACCACUAAAGUUGUAUGUUUAUAAUGUAGACACUGAUGUGGUUAGGGAGGUAUCUCUCACGCCUAAUUCUGCAUGGGGAGGCGAAGGAUGUCUCGGUUGCGACAUUGGAUACGGUUAUCUUCAUCGCAUUCCAGUAUCCGUUGAUCGGUCCAAAAAUUUGCCUCAAGUUCCACAACAAGCAAGAGUUCCUGUUGGAAAUCCGCUAGUAGAUAAGAUCGUUACGAAGCCACCUGCUGCCACUAAUUUCCCCGAUCCAUCGCAAUUUUCGUCAUCUGUUCCACUUCCACCUGCGCCGGCGCCGGCGACUCUGAUCCAAAACCUCCCGCCUCCUCCACAACCAGUAUUUUUGCCACAACCACCAACAUCGUAUGCUCAAUCACCAGUAGAUCAGCAGCCACCACACACCGAAUUGAACAAUCAUGGACAUUCGCACUCAGAUGGAGGUCACGGACAUUCUCACGACGAUGGCGGACAUGGGCAUUCUCAUGAAUCAGGAGGACACGGGCACUCUCAUGAGUCAGGAAACCAUGGGCAUUCCCAUGAUAAUGGACAUGGACACUCACAGGAACAUUCCCCAUCCCCAGCGGCAGCUCCAGUUCCAGUUUCCGCUCCAACUCCAGUGACGUCCUAUCCACAACAAUACGUGGAACAAGCAAAACCGGCGACGGAUUACUAUCAACAGCAGCAACCACCCCAACAAGUACCACCACAACCAUCUCAACAGCAAACGUAUCAACCACCAGUCAAUCCACUAACCUCAUAUCAAGCGUAUCAGUCACCAGCAUCAUCCCCAUACUAUCCUCCAUCUGCUUCAACUGCACCGAAUGCUUCCGGUUACCAAGCUCCAUACUAUGCCCCACAAUCCUUUCCACCUCAGCAGAACACAUAUGAUUACAAAGCUCCAGAGAUCCCAUCAGCUGUGCCACCGAUGUUCUCAGCCAAUGCUGCACCAUCUCCUCCAACUUCCUAUGUGAACCGUAAGUUCGAUCUCAUGUUUUUUGUAGCAACCCAAAAUUUUCCAGCAAUCCCACCACCGGCACCUCUCAACUUCCCUAUGCCUUCUUUGAGUUCGAUUGGAAUUACGCAGUUGGCUGCUCCACCUGCUCCGCCUACUUCUACUGGAUUCACCUCUUUCCAACCACCUCCAUUCCCACAAUACGGAGCAUACCCAUCACCUCCUCCACAGUCACAGAACUGA